AUGAUUGGUAUCGCCGCUCCGAAUACACAUUCGAAGCAAAACCAUACAGCAUUAGGCACCAGAGGUUGUACACUGACAGGGACUAAUAAAGCUCUGUGUUCUAAAUCUGGUCACCAGUUGGUGUGCACUAGAGGGUUCACCAAUGAUUGGUUGACUGGAGUAUGGCACGAAAUAAGAAGUUUAAAGGUAGUGGAUUGGCCGGGUACUUGUUUUAACGUGAAUCGCUUGGAGUAUCAUUACCCUAACUUGAGAGAAUUAGGCUUUUACAACUGCACGCUCAUAACCAAGCUUAAAGGACGCUUCACAGCAGUAAGCAGAAUUGAGAAGCUCUCAGUGCACGGUUUGACAUCGCUAUGGGAAGUUCCAGCAGAAAUGGUUUCACAAAUGUCACAACUUAAAGUUAUUGACUUCCGAAGCAAUGUGCUUAGACACUUAAAAGCACCGCUAUUAAAAGGGCCAAAAAAAUUAGAAAAGGUCUACUUAAGUGAUAACAAGUGGGAUUGCAGUGAUGGUGGUCUCGAUUGGCUUGCCAUGGAACACGAGAAUGGUACCAUAAAACGAAUGAUUGGUGAUUAUUAUCUACUGGUGUGUCAUCAACAGCUUUACAGAGGAAAGCCUUUACACAAAGUCAUGGAUAUCAUAAAAAUGGUACGCGAAACUUGUCCACAGCCCUGCUUAUGCGCAAUGACUCAUGUAGUGACCGACCGAGUUGGUGGUAUCAUUCCGUUAAUCACAGUAGGCUGUGCGAAUAAGAAACUGACAGUUCCACCUACAACUUUACCACUUGGUGCAACAACUUUAAGAUUGGAAGGAAAUAAGUUAAAUACAAUUAGACCAUUGGUUCAGGAGCCUCAAUAUAGAAAACUUAUGGAUUUAUAUUUGGACAAUAAUAGUAUUCCGGCUGUUAAAGAGUUGGAAGGUUCUGAAUGGUUCACCACUUUCAGGGUACUGAGUCUACGAGGGAACUUUUUGAAACAGAUACCAGUUUAUGCCUUUGACAAAGCAUUUCAAGCGAAUAAUAAUAUAAUGGGCGUAUUUCUUGGACAGAAUCCGUGGAGAUGCGAUUGUCACUUUAUUCCCCGUUUUCAAGCUUUGCUACUCAAAUAUAAAAGGAUUAUUCGAGAUUUAUCUGAUAUAAGAUGCUCGAAAUCUGAAGAUAAGACGAUUUCUCAAGUACAAAUAAGCACAAUGCCACUGGGAAACGUUUGCGGACGAACCGAGACGAAGUUAAUGCCAAUAAGUUCGAUUAACAUUGUGAAUGUAGUACUUAGUUUUCUCAUAUUUAUUAUUAUUGUGAGAUUUAUAUACGACUGGCAUCAUUUUAGAACCACAGGGAAGCUACCAUGGCUAUCGUCAAUACUUCCGUGA